GGGUGACUGUAGUUGUCUAAGGAUGCUUUUAAGACACUUUUUAUAUUCCUUGUUUUUUCUCUAAUGAUUAUAGUUCUUUAUAUUUGAGCCCCCGGCACCAAACCUAUGGCAACGUCACUAACUUAUGGAUGAACUUUUAAUUUUGUUCUUGAAGGCUUUGACAUCCAUAUCUUGAUCAGAUGUAUCCAGGAAAUUCUUAUCAGUUUAUGUCAAUGAUAAGGUUGUCAGACUUCUUUAAACGGACGGCUUUUCUUUUAUUUAUUGCUUUAAAUUUUGUCAGAUCUAGAUAUUUAGUAUUCUUAAUGGAAGUAAUUUUAUAGGAUUUAUCUUUGGAAAAUUAUUCUCUUGUUUUGAAAAGUUGGAUUAUUAUCUGAUUUCAAUGAUGAUUAUCAGUGAAUUACCCAAAAGAGGUCAAUAUUGGGUAUCCAGAGCUAUAACGAGAUUGGUGUAACAUAUUUUUCUGUUAUUCUGUUCUUUUUCUUUUACUUGUCAGUACUUUUCUAACCUUUCUAACAACUAAAUAGAAGAGGAUGAUACUUCACCCCCAUCUACCAAAUGGCUAGUAUUGCUCACGUCACAAAUAUAUCAGCUGCAUAUGUUACCACGGAAAAGCGUGUGUUCACCAAGUUUUACUGUCUUAAAACGGUUAUGUCUGGUUGCAUUCGAGGCUGGGUCAUUUUUUCAAGGUGGAAGAAAAACCGUAGAAUUUUCGGAAUCUUGUGAAUGUGUAAGGCAGCACAGAUGAUACUUUUCACAAAUGGAACAGAAACAACCUCGAAUAUACCUCUGUUGAAUAUGAAGCACAUGAUAUUGUUUUGUGUCUCAGCUGUUUCACCUCCAGCCUGACAAUGUAAUUCUGCUAAACUUGUAGAUGCCAUGCCGACUUACGCUGCUUAAAUCUUUUCUAAUCUUGUCACGCAAUCUUCCCGGCUUUGCCUCUCCCGUCCCCUCAGUUCAUUUCACAAGAAGACAUUUGAUUUUGACGGAGAUUCCUAUCCGAUUGGCUGUCGCGGCAUGGCUAGCCUCCUUUUGAUGAUAUCCAGUGCAUGAGAUUAUUUCUUAUUCAAUUGGAUUUAGCUUUGGUUUGCAAUGGCAUCAGGCCUCGCACAUGUAUGGUUUUCCUCGCUAUUGUUCGCUGUCAUUUAUCUCAUUGAGGAUAAGCCCAAUUUAGCUUUCCAAGUGUAGGCCAGUUCAACUUAUUAUUGGAAUUAAAUCCGCUUUGCUGUCUGCCCGUGUAGAUCAUUUGAACAGGCUUUUUCGGAUCAAUGAAAAUGUACAUGCGAUAAAGAGCCUGGAGAUCACGCCCAGUUAUUUUGGUCACCAAUUCAAAUUGAUACAUAAUAUAAUAACAUAUCUCAAACAAGAUGAAACGAAACCGAAAUAGACUUGGCUCGCGUUCUUUUCAGGAUUCAAGCUACAUUCUGUGUAUGAUCACCUUUGAUUAACUAUAAAAAUGCAUACGUGUUAAAAUAUCUAGGAUUCAAAGAUGGUUUGCCUUGUAAGGCCAGGACUUUACUCGAAGUGCGUUAUGGUAAAUUGUAUGAGACAAUUGGAAAAGCUGCAUUGAGAACCUCACAAAUCCCGUCCAGGCCCGUAAACAGGAUCUAUGAAAGUCAAGACCUUACUUGACCACCCUAUUAAAUGUUCAUCAUCAUCAACAUUUCGUCGUAGAGAAAAUUGGCCUUCUGGCUUUUUUGAAGAAAGGAAUUGCAGUGCUUCUGGACAUGGCACCUAUAAGGUUGUCCAUGGCCUCUCUGUACCACUAAUCUAACGUGAAGGCUAUUACUGAUAAGAACACGAGUAAAAAAGAUACUAACUUUUUCCUUGAGAGUAUAAAGAAUAUUUAACGAAAAGUACAAAGAAUUAUAAUGUUCAAAUUUUUUCUACAAGGACUCAGAACCCUAUAGCCAUUAACAUUAACAGUCAAUUUUGGAAAAUCCGAGCACCCUAAGAACUCUUUUGGUGGAAGGGGUCUUACGUGACCUCGUUUUGCCAUUGGCCUUAUUCUUUGGAGUAUCAUGCAAAAAAUAUGGAGAUGUUUAAGAUCCAUUGUCAGGAAUGUUCUUGACGUUUCUUCAUAAUUAAAUAGUAUUAGAACAAAUGAUCAUGUUUUAUGGUCAAGAUAAGAAUCACUAUCGAUAAAUGUAUUUAGACUAGGAAACUGUUUGUGUGGAACACAGGAUUGCUGAUGUGGGUUUCGUUGAAUUACACUUCUUGCAUGCGUUGGCUGUAAUCAGAUGCAGAAAAUGAGAUUGGUCAUCACUUAACCUUUCUCUUAAGACGUAGCUAUCUGUUUCUGGCUGUUAUUGAUGUUUAAUUAACAUUGUGGCCAUGGACGCUAAUUCGAAAGGUUACUUGACUCGUGAUAAGAAAAAUCUGUAUCGUGGCUGUAACAUCUUCAAUGCCUGAUUGUAUCUUUUAAAUUUCAUUUAAACCCUAGAAUUUUUCUCCCAACUAUUCUUACCAAUAUUCUCCAAAUAAAGUUUCCCCCAAAGCUACCAAGUCCAGGAAUCGAAUAAAGUAGCCAAUGGUACAUUCAAUGUUUUUGGUUAAACCUCAAGCCCGCCAUUAAUGGGAGGUUUAGGAAAGUGAGUGGAAUACUAAUACACAAAGUUAGUCGGUUCUAUUUUACAAUAUAGUAUCCUAAUUGCUCUAUUCUAGCCCCCAAAUGUUUAAAAUCUUCGGUGUUUCGUAAUUUUUUAUAUUUAUAUAUAAUCAAAUAAUUAGUUUAGCAUAAGUUACUCUGCUCUACAAGUAAGUACUACAUAACUCUAACAUAAUUCUAAAGAAAAGGAUAAUAUCCUAUUGUUUAAAAAAUGAAAAGUCGCUGUGGCUGGUGGGGCGAUUGCCCCCAAUUAUUAUGUUAAAAAAGGCUCUGAACUCUAAACUGUCACAGUCGUUCAACGCUCUUAGUCUCAGGAUCUCGUAAUAGUUUUUUGUCCUCGCAAAUUUUCAGGAAUUCGACACUCUUUAGUACCCUGCUCAUGUAUCUGCUACGCUAGUGGUUGACGUGCCGUUUAUGUAUUACGUCAUCUCAAACCACAUAGCGUCUGAGUUUCCUAGAUGGAAGUCACGGCGAGUAGCACUACGGAAAAGCAUUUAUAAGAGUAAAUUAAAUCAAUAGGAAAGGCGAUUUAGUAUAAUCGCAAGCCUGCUGUAAAGCAUAUGCUUUUAAGACUUUUUAGGAAAGAGAGGAAACACAUGCUCAUAAUAGAUGCAUGAUUAUGAUUUAGCUAUAGACUAGAUAAGAGUGAUAGGAUAUUUUAAAACAGAUUAUCAGCUAAUGCAAAAAUCUCCAUUUCCGCUAAAACGAAUGGCCUUCAGUGAGAGCUAAUCAAAGCUUCGCAUACUGUUCAAGAACAUUGAAAGACUUACGUACGUUAUGUGGGUUUGUGUUGUGUGCAUUGAGGCUUCUUCCUAAGCCUCAGUUAUCGAGAGUCGAGACUCCCUUGUUUUGAUCUAAUUUUAAUUUUUGUUAUCGUCAAUAUUCUGUUGAUUUUGACUCGUCGCACAACAGCCGAAAGCCAUUAAUGAAUGAGCUGUAUAAGUUGUUUCAAAAAUUGCAGUAGAGGUAAUGAUUGUAGGUAUAGGUAUUACAGUACUAAUGCGGUGGUUAUAUAGUUGCAUUGCAUAGGCCUUCAUGUGCAACAAAAUCUUUUUCAGGAUACAGUGUGUGUAUUUGGUAAUGAUUAUAAUUGUAUCCUUGAGAACUUCAGCAUGGAUAAGAUCAUAGAUGUACCGUCUAAAGGAGCAGAAAAUCAGUAAAAGUUUUCUUAUUUAUGCUCAUAACAAUUUACAAGAGACAGAAUGUAGAAAACCACACUAUUGAGAUGCAUCACAUCCUUGUAGCCAUUGACAGUUAAUUACAAUUCUCUUGAAGUUUUUUAAAGGCUUUGAAAAGAAUAAAAAAGAAUAGAAAAAAUUGGUAUUGGGAUGUUUAUGUGGAAUGCUAUUGAAGCUAGGUCGAAAACGCCUACAUAAAUUUCAAUUUCAACACAAAGCAUACCUUAGCCUAAUUACAGAUUUUUUCUCGUGGUCACGUUAGCAACUUUCGCUGGCAAUUCCCCUUUAAAAACCUUUAAAGUUCCCAAAGGCAAGACCCGUUGAAAUCUAGCAAGCAAUGUACGUUAAUUUACUUGUUAUUCUGCGGAUAAAUCUAAUCUUCAGCUAAUAGAUGUGCACAUGGGAGAGGCUUUUGCUCUGCCGCUCUGAAAUCCACAUUACAUCGCAAGAAUUACUGCACACUUACAAAGCCUGGGUCAUACAUUAUUCGGGGUUUAGCUCCUGAAGAUUCGAUAGCAGAAGUCAUUAGCUAGCUUUUGAAUAUCAAAUUCCUUAGCAGUUUCAUUUGAGAUGAUGUCAAAUGUAAAUUAUUGAUGCAUUGAUUGCUCCAGUGGAGUAAUUGUAUUGUCAGUCUCUACUUUUGUAACAGUUGUAAGCUUCAUUUUUCACAAUUUUAUAGCACAGCCUCAAUUUGUUCUCGACAUACUGAGAAUUCUUUGUUCAUGAAAUAAAUCUUAGGUCACACGCUGACUUUAGAAUAACUAUUCGAGUAUAGUAAAAUGUCCAUUCAGUGUACUAGAGUUACUCUCUCAUAUAGAGAGACAUCUUUUGUCCACAGCCUACUGUUUGAAAAAAUUCAGGCACAAAUGUGUUUGUCUGUUGUUUUGAGUUGCCCUUUAUUGGUAACUAUCCGUUAACAGAGACAUGAAAGUGAAACUGGCUUGCUUUGGUGGAGGUUUUAAGCUAGAGUGCCCGUUAACAAAUGUCCUGGUUAUACACCUAACUUCAUUGAGCAUCCCUGCCGAGAACUCGAGCUUGUGUAAGAAUGAAGGGGCAUACGCUGUUCCAUGUGACAUUUUGAUGUACUCAAACUUGCUGAAAUCAAAAUGCAGUGGUAGACAAAAGUGCCGCCUCAAUACAGACUCAGAAAGGCUGUCACCUUUGGCUUGCAACACGAGAUUUGUGAUAACUGUCGUUUACGAAUGCAGGAAAAUGAAAAUUAACACUACAUCUAGAGCAGUCAUAUCAUCUUCCAAGAAUAUUGUAGAAAAAACAUUUGAAGUUCAUUCAGUAAGGCCGACAGACCUUAGGACGAUCUUCAGCAAUAGAAAUGAAACAACGGUUGGAAAUAAAAUAGGAUCAGUCACGUGCCUGCUCUACACUUUGUUUUCUGCAACUGUUGCACUCCAAUACAUGCAAGGAAAACCAAAACAUGUGAUUCUUUGCGUUGUACUCAGUAUAUCGGCUGGCAUCGUCUUACUGAUCAUCACAUUCCUUGUUAUGGCUUGUGUCGAGAGAAUUAUAGAGGAAAAGCACAAUAGAAAGAAAGAAAGCACGGCAAUGGAAAUAUCAUUACCGCUGCUAGUGACACCAGGUAGCCAGCCACAAAAUUCGACGCAAGCCGAAUCAGUGCCCGCGAGUGAUUCAGGUAGUGGUGCCAGAGAGGCCACAUUACCGCGCGCACAGUCAAUUCGUCGGUCGCAUUCUGUAGACGAAGGAACGCAGACUGAGCCAGAGUUGGACGAGAUUUGUAGCAUCGACAACGGUUUGUCGGAUAAUGAAGCCAAAGAACUCGGAUAUCUUGUAGAUAUUAUGCGCUAUUAUAACAGUAAUCUCGAGAAUAUGUCCACACCAAAUGAACCAAUUAGUUUGCGGAGGACAACUCCUACAGAGACCCCGAACACUUCGAAGCGACGGACAGAACUUUCAUAUACAGGCCCGCGAAUCGUUGACACAAGUCGUAGACGACAACCCAGAUUGUCGUCUGCGACAUACAGCUCAUCAAAUAAUAGCGAGAACGGUGACGCAUCCACCUAUUUACCGACUCCUUCUAUAAGACACAAUCAUAUAAAUGCAGCAUCACCAAGUAUAUCCACACUUCCACGUCGUAAGGCGCACCUAUUGCCAAAAUACGACACACUUGGCCAUACUACGAACUCUAUACACAGCUAUGACUCGCCUAAAAUGCAAAACGGACCUCGCAGAAUAGUCGGCCGGACCCGUUUUAUGGACGAAGCUCCGCAUACGAUAUCGAAAGAGGUAUACGGAAUUUAAGGUUGAAUAUUGCAUAUAAUUUUUAUAUCACAAAUAUCGUAUUCAUAUAGUAAAUUAUGCCUAUAUUAAAGUACGUCAAUGCCUUCUUUUUGUUAUCGUUUUAGUCUGCGACAGCGACGAAAAUAGCCACAUGUGUAACACUCGAUACAAGAAAUAGAUACUUAAUUUGUAUUUGUCACUACCAAGCUUUUGAAUAUUGUUUUUAGGACAAUGAGAAGCUGUCCCUAUCGAGCAGUGUCCUGGUCCUUCCUCUCGCUCUAACCACAUUUCA